AUGUUACAUGUGUAUAUAAAUAUAAAUGAACGAAGACGGAGUAAUGAAAAGAUUAUAUUAUAUCUGUUGUGGGGUUUGGGGGAGAGAGUGAUUUGGUUGUUUUGUUGUCGUAUCUGCGUCCACCUGUCCACUGUGACUGUUCCACUCUUCCUCUUUCUGCUUCUCUGCUCUUUCCAUAUGGAACGCUACUUCUUUUCCAUUCAAACAUUUUCAUCAUCAUUAUCCUAACAAACUCUUCUCCUUUCUACUUAUAACCUCUUUUCAAAGCUUUUCUCAUGGAGGUGAAUGCAAAAUCUCCUUCUUCACUGUGGGAGUGGGAUAAUCUAUCAUUCUUCAAUACAAAACCAACAGAAAAUCCAAAGUUACAACCACCAAACUGGAGUAUCGACCUAGACCAAGAAAUCAAUGUCGGUUUGUUGGAUACAUCUGGUGGAAGUGGUUGUUCUGGCUCUGAGCUAAUUCAUGCUUCUACAUCUAGGAGUUUCAGUUCAUCAUCAAAUAAGGAUAGUAAAAAAUGUAUAUUUGGUUUUGAAAGUUCACAAGAUGAUUCUAGUGGUAAAAUGGAAUUAUCUAAAGAUGAGCCAGUUGAAACUUGUAAUGCACUACAGCUCUCUUCUGUGUCUGGUGAACCUUUACUAACCCUAAAACUUGGUAAAAGGGUGUACUUUGAGGAUGUAUGCCAAGAAACUGAUUCGAAAAACCUAACUUUUUGUGUGGAUCCUAUGUCAUCUUUAAGCAUUGCAAAGAAAUGUAAGUCCAAUGGCCAGAACUUACAAUGUCCACGAUGCCAGGUUGAAGGUUGUAGCCUUGAUCUUUCAUCAGCUAAAGGUUACCAUCGGAAACAUAGAGUUUGUGAAACUCAUUCCAAAUCUCCUCUGGUGGUUAUUGCUGGUUUGGAACGUCGAUUUUGCCAGCAAUGUAGCAGGUUCCAUGCUCUGUUUGAGUUCGAUGAAAACAAGAGAAGCUGCAGAAAACGUCUUUCACAUCACAAUGCAAGGCGCCGAAAACCUCGUCUUGAUGAUCCUCUCCAAUCAAGUCAAUCAGCUUUGUCUCCCUCACACUGUGAUGGGAAUCAACAAACAAGUCCAUUUGCUUAUUCUAGGACUGCUACAUAUUUAGCCGGGCAAAAUAUACACAACGGCAAGCUCCCUCAAACAAAAGAUUUUCUCUUAAAGCCUGUGAAAGACAACAGUGACAUACCAAGUACUCUCACUAUGCUUUCUGAUGAUUCCAACUUCCAUUUUACAUCCAGAAUCCCUGCAACCAAGCGUAUUGAUCCAGGUGUUGAAGAUUUCAUUAGCUUCUCUGAUACAAAUGCUACACAAGACUUCAGUUGUGCUCGCUCUCUUCUGUCAACCAAUCCAUGGGAUUUAUACGAGACUAAAUCCAUUUCGCUAGAGCAUUCUAAUCGCACAACCAGUACCGCUCAAGCCAUAGCGCACUCAAUGAAUCGUGGCAUGCCUCUCUCUUCAUCAGAAUAUUGGCAUAAUGAUCGUGAUCAACAAGUCAAUUCCAACAUGUGGAUCUCAAACUCAAACUGUGAAGAUAGGAACCACUUUCAAGAAUUUUAACUGUUUACAGAACCUUACGAGUCGGGUUUUCACCAGUUGAAUUUACAUGAAUGUUCUCACUCCAAAUAGUAUCAACUUUGAACCAUACAAAUUUAUAGGCAAGGUAGAUUCCAUCUCAUGAUUUCUGAUUUGUAGGACCUAAUUUUCGUUGCAAUUACUAUGUUAUCUUUCUCUUCUCAUGGUGUCAUAUCGAAUAUGAAGCGGUUCUGGAAAUAUUUUUGCAUGCUAUUCUGUUAUUUGCAUUUUCAGAAUGUUGGGGCUUCAUUUCAUCAUACGAAAAAUAAUUUUUUGUUAUAAAUUAAAGUACAGCGUCAAUUGUAAACA